AUGGCGCUAGAAGGCUAUUUCAACGUGAAGGAUUUCGGUGCAUUUGGCGAUGGAAAACGAAGCGACACUGAGUAUAUAGAAAAAGCCUUCGCCGCUGCAAAUACUCAGGGGGAGGGGUUGUUUGGAACUGGCAAACCACAAUUCGAUACUGAAAAAGAAGUUGACCCCUUCGCAACGAAUGGCUCGAAGUUAUUAAUCAAGAACCCGGAUAUAAUUCCAAUUUUCGUUACUGGUUUGGGCUCAGUUAUCCGUGAUCUCGCGAUUUACCACCAACAUGACGAUCUUUCGACUGUGCCAUGGUUGCCCAAAACAUUCAAAGAGGCCAUUCAUGUAUUUGGACAUGAUGUUCUCUUGAAAAAUAUUUACUUACGGAAUCCAUAUGUUGGGGUAGUAUCGGAAGGCGUUGGGAGGCUGAGCAUCGAUCGUCUUUUCGGCCAGCCACUAUAUACCGGGAUCGAUAUCGAUAACGCCACGGAUACUGUGAGAAUAAGCAACGUUCAUUUCUGGCGAUUUUGGUCCGCUGCAGAGUCCGUGGCAAAGUACACUUUUGACAACGCCAAUGCUAUCAUAAGUCGACGUAACGAUAAUCCACACUUCUCUAACAUCUUCGCAAUCGGUUACAGGACUGGAUUUGUAUUCCGGAAAUCCGACUACGGCAUCACUAGCAAAUUUCGUAUCAAUAAUGCAGAUAUCGACAACUGCAAAUACGGAAUUAUUAUUGAGUCAGACGCGCAACGAACGACUGGCCAGGUUGUUAACUACACGUUUCAAGGGACGAAUGAGUCGGAAUCAGGCAUUAGGAUUGAAGCUCCUGAUGUAACAGUCCAAUGUGGUAAUAUUAGGAUACAGAAUGUCCGAACAAAUGGUAUUCUGGUCCUGGGCCCUGCGUCGUUUUUGGCGAUCGACAAUGCUUGGGUCGAGUCUUGGGAUAAAUCAGGUCAACAUUUUCCUGCUAUUGAAGCUGCCGCGAAAGGAGCCAUCGUGUCAGUUGGGUUCAACUUUCUUGCUAGAAAUGGGGGGGAUAUACAGGUGAAAGGCAACUUUGGCGGUAACGUCAUAUACCCAAAUAACAACAGCUGGCCAGAGGCCGCGCCAUGGUGGUGA